CGUGGGGCAGCUGCGCGCCCGUCCGAGGGCCGGCCUAGCCAGGCGGCGCCUCCGGGCAGGCCAGGAGUCCAGUUCGUGCUUGGCCCCCGGGACCCGGCGGGUCGGGGGCGGUGCCCGACCCGAGCGGGAGAAGGCGGGAGAGCUCGCGGGGUGCGAGGCGAGAGGCGGCCGGCUGGGCAGCAUGAGUCAGCAGCGGCCGGCGCGGAAGCUGCCCAGCCUGCUCGUGGACCCGGCGGAGGAGACGGUGCGGCGCCGCUGCCGAGACCCCAUCAACGUGGAGGGCCUGCUGCCAUCAAAAAUAAGGAUUAAUUUAGAAGAUAAUGUACAAUAUGUGUCCAUGAGAAAAGCUCUAAAAGUGAAGAGACCUCGUUUUGAUGUAUCACUGGUUUAUUUAACUCGAAAAUUUAUGGAUCUUGUCAGAUCUGCUCCUGGGGGUAUUCUUGACUUAAACAAGGUUGCAACAAAACUAGGCGUACGAAAACGAAGAGUGUAUGACAUCACCAAUGUUCUGGAUGGAAUUGAUCUGGUUGAAAAGAAGUCUAAGAACCAUAUUCGAUGGAUAGGGUCUGAUCUGAGCAAUUUUGGAGCAGUGCCCCAACAGAAGAAGCUGCAGGAAGAACUUUCUGAUUUAUCGGCGAUGGAGGACGCUCUGGAUGAGUUAAUUAAGGAUUGUGCUCAGCAGCUGUUCAAGUUAACAGACGACAAAGAAAAUGAAAGACUAGCAUAUGUGACGUAUCAAGAUAUUCAUAGCAUUCAAGCCUUCCAUGAACAGAUUGUAAUUGCAGUUAAGGCUCCGGCAGAAACCAGGUUGGAUGUUCCAGCGCCCAGAGAAGACUCUAUCACGGUCCAUAUCAGGAGCACUCAGGGGCCUAUCGAUGUUUAUCUGUGUGAAGUGGAGCAGAGCCACCCAAGCAGUAACGUGUCGGACGGUGUCGGCGCCUCUUCAUCUGAAAGCAGACAUCCAGAGCAGCCCGCCCCUGAGAAAGAAGAAAACCCUCCACAGCAAAGUGAAGAACUGCUUGAAGUGAGCAAUUGAUGGCAUUUGAGGAUUCGUGCAUUGAGUCUUUUGGGGACAUCCUGUGUGGAUGAAUUAUGCAUUAGAUGUGAUUCUCAGAGCAAUAAAUCAUCCCAGACAUUUUCUCAGUAGCAGCAGUAAGGCCAGGAGUACCUUCAAGUAGUUCACUACUUAGAUUACUGGAUAAUUACGGUUUCUUCAUUUGGAAACAACUCUUUUUAUAAUUAUUCACUGCUUUUUGUCAGUGAAAUAGACAUUUUGCCUACUGAAAUUACUAAAUCACCCAGAGUAUCACUGAAGCAGACAGGCAGGCUGGAUGGACUGUUCUCAGUGGACCUUGCCCUUUGCUGCGUGGAUCAUGUGUCAUUAUCACAAAAGAAAUUGCCUUACACGGGUUCAUGUCUGCAGUGGAUGGGUGUACGCACGCAUCUGGACAUGAUGUCUUUGUAUAUAUUUGUAUAAUGUUUAGAUCACUUAUGAAGUACGUCGAAGUGAAACUUUUCACCUUUGUACAGCCAAAAUGAUGUAUAUAUGGAAAGUAACAGACAUAUUCUCUAAUUUCUGUGGUAUCUAUAACUUAUUAGAAUCCUCUGGAUGAGGGUUAGAGGAGAGUUUUUCCCAAACUUCUACAUGUAGAAGUAUCAUAAAUAUGCUAUACAUUUAAAGUUCAUGGAUUUAAUGAAGGUAUUUCAGUAUGGUUCCCAGCGCUAAAAUUGGACUUUAAGCUCCCUACAGAGUCAUUGUGUCUGAACAGACUGGUGGCAUGCCCCAAGCUUUAGGGGCGAGUGUACAGAUGCCAUCAGGUCAUGGCUUAAUUUCUUGCAAGACAUGAAUUCAAUCAUGAUGAGAAUUGGGAAGUAUUUUAACCUUCCUUGCAAGCAGGGUUUAUGUAUGUUUCUGUAUGCAGCCUUGCUCUUCAAUCAAAGGGGAUCUUUUACUUACGAUGAGUUAGUGGUACCUGCCCUCUCUUCAGCUCCAGUCCCACGUUUCCAAGUACCUAGCUAUUUCUACCUCAUUGGGUAAGUCAUUUACCACUCUGUGCCUCAGUUUACUCAGUAGUUUACCAUUAGACUGUGAGCUCCUUGAGGGGCUUUGUCUUAAUCAUUGUUAAACCCAGCGACUGGCACCACGCCUAGCACAUAAAAAGUGCUCAGUAUAUGUUUGAACAAAUCAGUGAGUGAGUGAGUGAGUGAGUGAGUGAGUGAAUGGUCAAAUUAGACUAAAAAUCCUUGGCUUAUGUAACGUACAAGGGUUUUGUGUCGUUCAAAUUCAUAUUUUAAACUUCUCUUACUUUCAAAGAAAGAAUUGAAGCAACGUGAAAUUAAGACCAUGUGUAAAGAGUUGGCAUAGGAAUCAACAAUCCAAAUACUGAAAAAUAAUGCUGAGCAUUGAAGACUGGCACACCUCUGAGCGCCAGCGGCUUUUGCGGCCCUGUCCCUCUGCUGAGCUCCAGCCUCUCCCCUCCUCACAGACCGUGCCGGCUGCCUGUGUCGGCCCGGGACUGCUUGCCGUGCUGCUCCUCCUGGGCGCGUGUGGUGAACCCGAGAGUUCAGCAGAAGGGGUGUGUAGAGAUCAGGUGCUCCGUGCAGAGGUCCAGGCUCUGCCUUGUAGACUUGGCAGCUGUCGGUCAUAUGUGAUGCUAAACAUGAGAGUGGGUGAGGUCACCUAGUGAGAGGGUACAGCAGAAGAGGGGGAGGCCCGUUAACAUUUAUUUUAAGGGGAAAUACAGAAGAAAAGGCUUUUCCUGAGAAGGAAUAAUGAGAGGAAGGGAAAAUAAACAGCUAAAGAAGGCGGUGCCCCGAAAACCAACAAAGAAAGCAGGGCCACAGGUGAUAGCAUCGUUUCUAAGCAGCAGUUCCUUACUUGUGAAAUGUGACAAAUGUUCUACUUUGCAAAUUGCUCUGAGAGUAAAAUGAGAUCAUGUAAACGGAAGUCCUUUGUGAACUGUAGACGUGUUGCAUAAAUGAAUCUCCUGUCACUCCAACUGCUGGUGUUGGUUUCUUCUUUCUACAGCUGCUAAGGUACGCAUCCCCAGAACUAGCGUCCAGGGUUCUUCCUCCCCCACUCUGCCCUGAACAUCACUGCCCAUCUCUCUGUGCGUACAGGCGUACCUCAUUUUAUCGUGCUUCGCAGAUGCUGUGAUUUUUAAAAAUUGAAGGUUUGUGGCCAUCCUGUGUCCAGCAAGUCUGUAGGCGCUAUUUUCCCAGUAGCGUUUGCUCAUUUCAUGUCUCUGUGUCACCUUUUGGUAAUUCUUGUAAUAUUUCAAAUGUUUUCGUUAUUAUUAUGUUUGUUAUAAAUAUAAAACUUGAACAGAU